AUGGCUAGAAGUUUAAGAUCACACACAAAGAAGAGAACCAGAGCUCUCAAGAGAGAACAAAUUUUCAAGCCUGUUGAAGAUGCUCGUCUUGCUCGUUUAGCACAAGCUCAAGCUGAUGCUGCCAAGAAGCCCAGUGUUGGUGAUUUUAUGGAAGAGGAAAAGGAAGUCGCUGCUUCUUCCACUGCUGAUGCUGAUGCCAUGACUGAAGAGGAGCCCAAGAAGAAGAUUUCUACCAGUGGACCUCGCAGUAAUAGACAUGCCAGAAAACUGAAAGAGAAGAAGAAGAAGGGAAAGAAGUCUGCUAUCAAGUUUUAA